AUGGAGAUCCCUUGCCUGAGUCCUGCAGUUGCAGACGAUAUUGUCCCCGAUCUAGCCCAGAUAUUCAAUGACAACCCAUUUAAGUCAUUGAGAGAACAGAAAAUCAGCGUUCCUGUUCUCUGCGGUCCGCAUGAGCAAGGUCCCACCGACACCCAUAUCAACAUCUUUGGGCAGGAGUUCCGAACGCAUUCCAGUUUGAUCAAAGAGCACACUGGAAUCUGGAAGGAACGACAGCGCGGCGAGUAUGCUGAGCGCCGCGGACACUACUUCGAGGCGAGGACUGAGAAAGAUGGUGGUUGGGGGAUCUACCGGAAGGGAGCGAAGUACUACCGUGAUUAUCCCGAAAUGCCGGACGAACGCAUCCCGAGCGCCAUUGAGUCUUUUCAUUGCUUCCUGCAAGCGCUUUAUCUCAAGCCUGUACCAUACGUUGGCAUCAAAGGAUGGCGGAGGAUGGUGUUGCUGGGAAUACGCUUCCAGGCAGUGCCUCGAGUGCGAGAGUAUAUUGAGAAGAUCAUACUUCCUUGGACGCUUACGUCUAAGCCCCUGCUUGGUCUCACUGAGGACAUCCUCGCCUAUACUAAGAUGGCACAAGACAUCCAGUGUGCCCAGCUCUACCGCGAAUGCCUCAUUCAUCUUGUCGGAAUGGCGCAAUACUGGGGGCGGAACGAGUUUCAUAACGCAGAAAAUAUACUCACUCCCAGUGCAUACGCUUCCUUAAUUCGUCACGUCGGAACACAACGGCAGCUUAUCGAGAAAGCGGAUGUCGCUCUCCACACGUUCAUUCGGACUUUAGCAACGCAGAAGCCGCGGCGCAUACCGAACUUCCUGCUCCGGCAGUUUACAGACACGGUGAAUAACAUUACUGGUCUAAAUGGGCGCAACAUGAACUCGCUGGGUUAUUAUCAGCAUAUACGCUUGGUACUCAACGAUAUGCAGCUGAGAUUACCACGGGGUUCCACAUACAACAUGUGUCAUAGACUAUGGCAAUUCAUUGGAUGUCUGUGUGUGAAUGGUCUUCUGUAUACGCAAGAUCAAGUCAAAGGCUACCCUGUCUGCAUACCGCCUACGGAUAUCGAGCUACCAUGGGUGCUUGCCAACACACCCGAGGCCCAAGCGGAAGAGGAGCAAGUCCCAGACGCCAUAAUGGAAGUGGAAGGCUAG